GGAAUCGAUCGCAAUCGAUCGUCUGUGCAAUGGAUAUGCCGAAGUGCACGGAAACGUCAGUUUGUGCCUUUGGCGUGAGGAAAUUCGUUCAUUAAAAGAGUGAAAACUUGGAAGGAUUCUCGUGGCGUCACGUUUUCACAUUUGUGAUCUCGAUGGAAAUUUUCUUGGAUUAUAAAAUCGAAAAUGCCUCUUCGAACGCGGCUCUUAACACCUAUCUGUCUUGGCACCGGACGCAUCCUUUGCUGUGUGUUUCGUCGUUCGACCAAGAAAAAGGAGGAAUCCUUUCCGUCUACGGAGAAGACGGAACUGCGGUCGAUGCCGGAAUUUCCUUUAAAGUCGGUUUGCAGAUUACUUCUGUGGCUUGGCAUCCCGUUCGCAAAAUAAUAGCUUACGGAUGGGAAAAUGGUGAAAUCGUCCUUUGGAACGGAAAGACCGAAAUUUUGCAGAACGAAACCUCGAAGCACAAGACUCCCGUUUUGUAUUUGCAGUGGAGCGACGGGGGAGGCAGGUUGGUCAGCGUGGAUUCCGACGGCACCUGCGUGGGGUGGAGGCUGGUGGACGGGGAUCGGCUCGGCCUCGUCUUCUGUCACGAGCUGAAGGACGGCGUGACCGACGUCCUGUUUCGGGGAGGCGGAUCCGGGGACGGAGACGGGGAGAUCUCCCGUCUGUUGAGGGCCGCCGUGGACGGAGACGAGGACGCCCUGAACGUUUUCUGCGACUGGCGGCGUCCCGCGGAGGGUCGGACCUCGGCCCGCGGGGACUCCGGAGAACUCUUUCUCGGCUGCUCGUCCGGCGCGGUCUUUUACGUCGACGGAAACGGCAACUGUGCCGACGUCCUCGCGGCCGAGAGCGGAAUUCGGAAGUUACUUCAUUAUUCGGAACGGAACAGACUGAUCGUCGUGACCGAAUCCUUAAAUCUUGUACAGUAUCAGAUCGGAGAGGAGGGAAAUCUGACGGAGCUGACUAGGGUCAAACUGAGCGGAAAGAGUGCCGACGUCGGCGUGAUAUGGACCUGUCCUUCCAUUCUGGCCGUCAAUUCCGGAGAGAGAGUGAUGAGACUGUGGAAUUUGGAAAACGGAAGUAAUUUUGUGCUUUCUCUUGACGAUUCAAAUUUAGGCGAAUCGUCCGAAGCGUUGACGUGCAUGGCGUACGACGACGUGCGGUCCGUUCUCUCUGCGGGGACGAGUCACGGGCACGUUUUAAUUUGGAAGUAUAAACCGGAUAAUACGACGAACGGUUUCGAAAGACAGGAAGAAAACUGGAAAUUACAACCGUUUAUUUCCGUUCAAGGAGCCGUCAGAAUGCUCAAUUGGGGAACUAGUAAAAGAAUAUUGGGUGUUUUGACAGCCACGGACGUAUACGUACUGGUCGAGGAAAAAAUGUCGUAUAGCUUUCGAGAUAAUGUUGUGGCGGUUCAGACCUCUGCUAGGCGGUUGAGCCUGACUCUGUUAUCCACGGAUAAAAAUAUAGAACUACAAACGGACGUUCACGUUAAGGCGGUAUUUGUAAAUUCUAAUUUUGUUUCGAUAUCUUCUGGUAAUCAGCUUUAUUUUUACGAAAUAUCAAAAGAAAAUAUUGCAAAAUUUGUAGGUUCUUUCAAUUCAAAAUCUCAAAUGGUAGCAUUACAUGAACAUAGUGCUUUUGUUAUGGAAAAUGGAAAAAUAGAAGUUUAUACUUUUCAAGGCACAUCCAAACAAAGCCUUGUCUUUACUGAAGAAGAAGGUCCCCCUGUUUGUAUAGAUAUAUCCAAUAAUUUUCUUGUUUCUGGUACAACAAAUGGAUUUUUAAAGUUAUGGGAUAUAAGUAGGAGAGAAGCAAAACCACACGCCGGUCCUAAAUCUCUUGCAUCAAUUCUUAAAGAUGAUGGGGAUAUAUCAUUAGUAAAAUGUAAUGGUAAAGGGAAUAAAGUUAGCAUUUCAAUUGUUAGAUUAUAUCGAGGUGAGAUGAUACCGGAUCCUGUUAUUCAUGUAUGGGAUGUAGAUAGUGAUUAUUUAUUUCAUUUUGAUUUUUCAAAUGGUAGAAGAGACGAUAGUGAUUCUUCGGAAUCUGCUAGCUAUCAAAGUUCUACCUGGAAGUUGCACUUUGAGACUGCACAAAUUAUCAAUGGAAGAUUUCCAUUUUUUCAUUGUUGGGACCCAGAUGACUCUCAGCUUUUAAUUUGUGAAGCUAGACUACAGCAUGUUAAACAUACCACUAGAGGUAAGAUAAUAGAAAAAAACGUACAAGAAAAUAUAUCUAUAGAUUGGAACACUAAUUCAAAAACUAUGGUUGUGUCAUUUUUCACAACGUCAGAACAAGGUUUACUUAUACAAGAUCAUUUUGCAUUGAAUGAGUCGACUUAUAUCCUUUUGGGUGUUCAAGUUCCAUAUUAUAUAUUACUACAGAAGUCGCACGAUUCUCGUACGGAUUCCUCAGAUUUCAAAAUUGCGGGUGAAUCUACAGAGAAGAUGCCUGUUGUAGUUAAACAGACAAUGAAAGAUUUUAUAGGUUUAGAAGACUGUGAUAAAGUUACAAGAAAUGCCAUAAUGUCAUUUAGUUAUUUUUUAACUGUUGGAAAUAUGGAUGAAGCAUUUAAAGCUAUAAAAGUUAUAAAAAAUGAAUCAGUAUGGGAAAACAUGGCAAGAAUGUGUGUUAAAACCAAAAGAUUAGAUGUUGCUAGUGUCUGUCUCGGAAAAAUGGGUCAUGCUCGAGGAGCUAAAGCAAUUAGAGAAACUGCAGACGAACCAGAAUUGGAUGCUAGAGUUGCAAUUCUUGCAACACAGUUAGGUAUGUUAAAAGAAGCAGAACAUUUAUUACAGAGUAGUAAUCGUUUUGACCUUUUAAAUAAAUUAUACCAGGAUAGUGGUCAGUGGACAAAAGCAAUCGAAAUGGCGGAACACAGAGAUCGCGUUCAUCUACGAAGUACUUAUUACAAUUAUGCCCGUCAUCUGGAAGCCAAAGGAGAUAUUGCCUCUGCCAUUCCGAUGUACGAAAAAUCCGAAACCCAUUAUUUUGAAAUUCCUAGAAUGCUUUUUGAAGAACCUCAUGUCUUGGAAGGAUAUAUUUUGAAAAGUAAAGAUAAAGAAUUACAUAAAUGGUGGGCACAAUAUUUAGAAAGUAUUGGAGAGAUGGAAACAGCUUUACAAUUUUAUGAAGCUGCUCAAGAUUAUCUGUCUUUAGUUCGGUUAUAUUGUUACUGUAAUAACUUAGAAAAAGCAUCAGAAAUUGCUAAUGAAACAGGACAUAGAGCAGCAUGUUUUCAUUUGGGAAGACAAUUUGAGAAUCAAGAUAACAUAAAAGAAGCAGUGCAUUUUUUUUCUCGUGCUCGUGCUUACAACAAUGCCGUCCGUAUCUGUAAAGAACACGGUUUAGAAGACCAAUUACUUAACUUGGCACUGAUGAGUGGUCCACAAGUAAUGAACGAAGUGGCACAUUAUUACGAAGAACAUUCUGAACAUCGUGAAAAAGCAAUUAUGCUCUAUCACAAAGCGGGCUAUUUAAACAAAGCCAUCGAAUUAGCUUUCAGAACUCAGGAAUUCGAUGCAUUACAAUCCAUUGCCUCUAAUCUCAGUGAGAAUACCGAUCCUCAACUUUUACACAAAUGUGCACAAUUUUUUAUGGAAAAUAAGCAGUAUGAUAAAGCAGUUGAUUUAUUAGCAGAUGCUAAAAAAUAUAUAGAAGCAUUGGAAUUGUGUGUUGAACACAAUGUUUUUAUAACAGAAGAACUUGCAGAAAAAUUAACUUUAGAUAAAGAUUCCAAUUCUGAAUUAAGAACACAAAUUUUAGAAAAAAUUGGAGAAUGCUGCAUGUUACAAAAUAAUUAUCAUCUAGCAGCUAAAAAAUUCACUCAGGCCGGUAAGAAGAUUCAAGCUAUGAAAUCAUUAUUGAAGUCUGGCGACACAGAAAAAAUUAUAUUUUUUACUGGCGUUUCGAGGCAGAAAGAAAUUUAUGUCAUGGCCGCUAAUUAUUUGCAGUCGUUAGAUUGGAGACAAGAUCCAGAGAUAAUGAAAAACAUCAUUAAUUUUUAUACAAAGGGCAAAGCACCGGAUUUAUUAGCAGGAUUUUACGAAGCGUGCGCCCAGGUGGAAAUGGACGAAUACCAAAAUUACGAGAAAGCUCUUGGAGCCUUACACGAAGCAUUUAAAUGUCUGUCUAAGGCACAGAAUAAUUUACAAAUAACUGACAAAAUAGAAAAUUUGAAAAUAAAAAUGGAACUGUUGAAAAGAUUUGUUCAAGCUAGGCAGUUGUACAAAGCAAAUCAUAUAGAAUCCGUCCAGCAGUGUCAGAAUUUGUUAACAGAAGAAAACGUAGAUAUGGCCAUACACAAAGGCGACAUAUACGGAUUCUUAGUAGAACAUUAUGUUCGCGAACAGAAUUACAAAACCGCACACACACUCAUUGAAGAAAUGCAAGCAAAGUUACCGGGCAUCAAUUUACCUUAUUACAUAAAUGCGGACGUUCUGAAAGCCAUAUACAAGGCUCUGAAUAUUCAACCUGCAAGUCACAUCAGUUUCCUGGAAGAAAGCAAAACUUCAAACGAAACUGCAGAAGCGUCCGAAAAUGAAAUAGAAGAGGAAUACGGAGAGGAAAGUGGAUAUUAAGUUAGUAAAUUAUCUUAAAUUAUCAUUAGUGCUAAUUCACUAAAUAUUUUAUCACAAAGUGCCAUUUAUUGCAAAGCAUUGUUUCUAUAAUUUUAACUUUUUAACUUAAAUAUAUUACAAAUGUUAUAAUAAAAUUAUUACUUGUUGCAUUAAUUAUCAGAAAAACUUGACUAUUUUUUUAUAAACUAAAUAAUUUUGUUUUAUUACCCAAAUUAUUAUAUAAACAUUUGUUGGUAAAAAGUGAUAGUAACUGAAUAUAGACACACCAGAGUCCAUUAGGAACAAGAUGUGCAAGUCUAGAAAAGGAUCAUUUUAUAACAAGAACAGUUUACAAUUAUUAAUUAUUUACUCCAAAUGAAGUUCAAAAAAUUUUUUAUUAAAAUUGAAGUUUUUCUUUAUCUCAAACAUUCAUUUAGUCAUUUAUUCAAAAUUUAAUUAAAUUUUCCAAAAUAAAAAGAUGCAAAAGGUCAUUUUGUAUUAUUAAUCUGUUAGUUAACUGUAUGGAAGAGUUAAAUAUUGAUGUAUUUUUCUUAAAUGCUAUUAUUUUUUAAAAUACAGCAAACCUCACUUAUGUGGCCAUCUUUGGGUUUAACAGUUUCUGGCCACAUAAGUGAUGUGAAGUUACAAAAAAAAUUGAUAUACAGAACUGUGGUGUACCAUAUUGUAUUGCCUAUAUACAGUAACACAGAUUAUAAAAGUAAACAAAAAGUAAAUUUAAAAAAAUGCAUGUAAUACUAUACAGGCAUACCUCGACUUACGUCGUUUCGAGUUACGUCGUUCCCGAUUAUACGUCGCUUGUUAAAAAAGU